AUUUCCUUGUUUGUGGCAAGUUAAAAGUGCCGAGUAUAGUGAUCGGAAUAAGAAGUCACAGGCAUAUGAAAUAAUGAUUAAAAAAUACAACGAGAUUGAUGAAGCGGCAAACAAAGAGACAGUUACCAAGAAAAUUAACUCUUUACGCACCGUUUACAAAAAAGAGCGUGCCAAAAUAAUGAAAUCCACAAAAAGUGGUGCUGGUGAAGAUGAUAUCUACAACCCGACGUUAUGGUAUUUUGAUUUGCUUGACUUUCUGAAUGACCAAGAUCAAAUAAGACAGUCGACAAAUACUAUCGAUGAUGAGGCACAUCAAGAGGAAAGUGAAAAAGAGGUUGACUUGGAUUAUCAGAGUUUUCCUGCUACACCAUCUACAGGUCGGCCAUCUACUCCGACUGGUGAUACCGCUACCAGUGCCCUGCUACCUACACGCACUACAUUAUCCUUAAACAGAUAUUCCAAAAUUAUAACUGAAGACCAACACCCUCCUCAACAGUCUCCACGAGAAACCAAAAAGCCACACUUUAACCAAUAUGCGCCACCUUGUGUCACCAAUACCGAAUCAAAUAGACAAAUUUCAAGUCAAGGCUGGCGUCAAGGGUAUUACGUACCGGAAAUCGGUCAAGAACAGCAUGUCCAACAGCUACAACUAAUUCAUAAUUCAACCACACCGGAGGAACCCGCUAACACAAAUUUUACUCUUUCAGACUAUCCAACCCCAGUUUCAGAAAAGGACACAGAUUCUAAUCCCAAAGAUCUUGUUCAGUAUGUUUUAAAUUUUAAACCUAAUGAGGGUGUUUAA